AUGGAGUACUGCGGCAUGGCCCUGCUGAUCUGGCAGGCGGACAGGUGCAGGAAGCUGAAGGACACCGUCCUGUACUGGGGCCUGCUCUUCGCCUUCAACCUGUACAUCCCCUGCAGCAUUCUCUGGCCCUUCCAGUGGUCCUGCAGGGACCUCGAGGCCCCGGAGUGCCAGAAGGUAGACAGGUGGUACAUCAAGGAAGCGGUGCUCUACGCGGAUUGCUCCUUGCACGGCCCGACGGCAACACUCAUGAUGAUGACCUGGAUCUUGGUUCAGCCGUGGGCGAUGCUCAGGCGGGAAAUGAUACACCUCGUCUGGGUGUGGCUGUUCGGCGUCUACCUGGUCUGGAGCUUCUUGGCGAGGUACAUCGUUGGCAUCAGGCUGUUCACGAACAGGGACGUGAUGGGGCGCCUGCUCGUCCUGAGCGCCGCCAUCGUGGCCUCCACCGUCCGCAAAAUGGCCCAGGAGGACCGCGAUGCUGGCGGGGCGCUCUUCCAAGAGGUGUGA